AUGACAUUGAAAUUAAAAGGUAAGGUUGCAUUGAUCACUGGAGGUAGUGCAGGCCUAGGGGCAGCUAUCGCUCGUCAAUUGGCUGCUGAAAAUGUUAACUUAGCAAUCAAUUACAACAAUUCCGAGGAAAGAGCAGUGAAACUUGCUGAAGAACUUGCAUCUGAAUUUGGGAUUAAAACGGUUACUAUAAAAGGAGAUAUAUUCGACACUUCGGUGGGGUACAAAUUAGUGAAUGAGACUGUGGAUAAAUUAGGUGGACUAGAUAUAGUUAUUUCGAAUGCCGGCUGGACCAAAAUAGUCCCUUAUGACGAUUUGGAUGCAUUGGAUGAUGAGUUAUGGGAUGGAUGUUUUACUGUCAAUGUCAAAGCUCACUUUUACUUAUUUAAGGCGGCAAAAAAGAUAUUUGAUCAAAAUGAAGAUGGUGGAGCCUUUAUUGCAUCUGCAUCGGUAGCUGGGCGUAUUGUAUAUGGUUCAAGUAUACCAUACGCAGUAAGCAAAGCUGCAUUAAUUCAUCUUGUCCGAAUGCUUGCAAAAACCCAGGGACCGAAAGUGCGUAUACACGCUGUAUGUCCUGGCCUCUUGUUAACAGAGUGGGGCCAAAGGUUCUCACCAGAGAGAAUAGAAAAGACUAAAGAUAUGUCUCCUAUUAAUACAUUGGCUGACGUAGAUGAGACAGCAGCACAAUUUGUUUUACUUUCAAAGUUGUCUACUUCUACAGGAUCGAUCGUCUCUAUGGAUGGUGGAAUAUCUAUUUAG